AAUUGGUCUCAAAACAUGAAAUAAAGAUAAAAAGCGAAAUGGUAAAAUAGCGAAAAACAGUACUUUUGAGAAAUUGUGGGAUAGAAGUAUAAAUAUAUGGGCUAUAAUAUUCUUCGGGAGCAACAAUGGGUUUUUGGGUUAUAUACUCCCAUUUAUUAAGGAAGUCAGCACUAGCACCUGUGCUUGUUGAUUAAAAUUGCUGCUUCGAGUUGAAGAAAGGAUCGAUGGCAACUUCUUCAACAAUGGAUGUUUCUCACUUCCACCACACCCCUUUUUAUUGUGAGGAGAAUGUAUAUUUGCUUUGCAAGAAGUUGUGCAAUGAUGGAAUAACAAAUUCUGAAGGAUCUGAUCUUUUUGUUGCUUUUAUUUCCAAUGAAAAGAAACAGAUCCCACUAUGGAAUCAAAAAGCUAGCAAGAGGGCAGAUGGGGUUAUUCUCUGGGAUUAUCAUGUCAUUUGCAUUCAGAUAAAUAAAGAAGGUGAUGCUCCACUAGUUUGGGACUUAGAUUCAACUCUUCCUUUUCCAUCACCUCUAGCUUCAUAUAUGUCUGAAACGAUUCGCCCUUCUUUUCAACUUUUUGCUGAUUAUAAUAGAUUAUUCAGAAUUGUGCAUGCUCCAAUCUUCCUUCGUUGUUUUGCAUCUGAUAGAAGACACAUGAAAGUUUCUGAUGGACAUUGGAUUGAAGAACCUCCUCCACAUAAACCUAUAGUUGCUGAAGAGAAUACAUUGCUAUGCAGAUGGAACAGUGCACAACCUGGAUGAAUACUUUAACAUAUCUGGUUCCGAUGCUAUUGCUGAUAUUAAAUCCAGUUCAGUCAAAGAUACAGUGUUUGCCCAGAAACAUGGUGUGGUGAUAAAGGAGAACCAGCUUGAGGAAUUAUUUUCUCAGAUAUCUUUACAAUAGCCAUAUGGUUGAUGGUUCUAAUUAGAUAUCAUAUAUUUAUCUAUACUUAUUGAGUUUGUACAUGUUCAGUUACCAUCUUUUUAUUAAAAGAUGCUGAUUAAAUAUUGUGUCAUAUUAACUUGGAAGGUAAAAUGUUGUUUUUGGUAUUGGGGUGCAAGAAAAGCAAAUCUAAGCUCCAUUUUAUUUUUUUCAGGAGCAGAACAAAAUGUUUUCAGUAACUUCACUUUUAUUAUGGCAAAUAUAUGGGUGAUGUCAUUUUUAGAACUGGAAUGGUGAAUAUUUUUUAUGUGAA